AUGUCUAACAACACAUAUGCCCACACUAACCGCAUCGAAGUGAUACCCAACUACGACGGUCGCAUCAUCAAACAUGGACAAUUCACCAUGAAAAGCAUCUCUGUCCCCGGCGGCCUCUCGUUCACCUCUUCUACCCUCUUCCACGCCAUCGAAGACAUCGCCGCAUGGCAAGACCCGUCUGCGCCUACCAUCGAUGAUCCCAGAGUCCAGGCGCUCGCAGAGAUGCUCAACGAGCUCAAUCACUACGGGAUUUGUGGGUAUUGGCGGCUCAAGGCGUAUAUGAACUAUCACACUGACGCUGUUCAAAAAGCACGACGUUUGCCUGAGGUGAAGACAGAUGAGGGAGAUGACAUGGGUGUUGCUUGGCUUUUGGCCGAGGAGAGCCGAUUUGGAGAUCUGGUGCAGGCUUAUUUUGAUGUUGCUCGGAAGGGUGAAGAUUGCGUGCGUAAAGAGAGGAGGAAAGCAAUGGUGAUAGGGUAA